UGCAACCAACUUUCCAGAUACAGUUCUAAGAUGGCGGCUGCCUUGAUUGUGCUGAGUUGUCUUGUCUUCCUCGGAGCGAAUGGACACCUGUUCGACCAACUUUAUGAAAUUCUGGUUUUAAAUAAACCUCCACCAACUAUCCCGAUGUUGAAUAAGAGCACACCCGCUACCGUGAAAAUGAACUUUGCCCUUACCAACGUGUUGGAGAUUAACACUAAAGAGAUGUACAUUGACGCCCUGGCUUGGCUUCAACUGCAAUGGACUGACAGCCGAUUCUCUUGGGAUCCGGAACUCUAUGGUGUCGAUGAAAUCCGAUUGCCCCAGGACGUUAUGUGGACGCCGGACAUCGUGCUCUACAACAAGUGA